AACACGCGGAACUGACAUCAUCUUUGCGCGGGUCUGUCAAAAAAAUAUCUGCCACAUAAAUUUAUCCAGCCAACGCUUCAGAUAGCUACUGCUAUAUAAUAUAGGUUUCAAUUAAUGGCCGGAUAAAAUUUGUCAAUGGAGAAAAGCGUUAAGUUGUAUGCCGCAUUCCUUCUCUUAGCGGAAACUCAAGCGUUACGUGACAGUUCAUAAAUUGGAUUAGUGCUAAGUAAAGCCACCAGUGAAUGAUAGUUUAGCAAACUUGCUAGCUAGCUAAACAGACUACUGGGAGUGACGUCUGGAAAAUAUACGUGUGGACGUUAGCUGUCCGGCUAAUUCAAGACACGAACGAAUGGUAAUAUAACUAGACAAUUUCGCAUGUGUCGUUCUUCACCAUUUUAGGGUGUGUGCUAACAUUGCAUACAUUACAAGGUUAACGUCUUUAGUAGCUAUUAGCUCGUGUAGAAGUCAUUAGGUUAACAACAUGGAUAGUUACAGUCAGCGGUUUGAAUCUACUACCGGACGAGACAGUAAAUCUCAAAAGAAGAAGGGUUCUUCCAACCACAGCACGUCGUGUUACGAUGAAGGAGACCGCAAACCAAAGUUUCACUUACCCUUUAGAAACAUCACAGAUGAUGUGCUGGACAGAUUCGCCAGUAUUCGGAUUCCGGGUAGUAAAAAGGAGCGGCCACCCUUGUCACACUCUAAACACAAUACUAAUGAUUGGUCCAUUUCUUCAUCAUCCACCUCACAUCAGUUCGAGGAGCUUUCAUCAAAGAUCACCUCAGAAAAAGAGAUCUUGGCUCUGUUUGAAAAGAUGAUGGAGGACAUGAACUUGAGUGAGGAAAAAAAGACUCCAUUGAGAGACAAAGACCUCAACACAAAGAGAGAAAUGGUCAUUCAGUAUGUUUUUACUGCCUCUAAAACUGGUAACUUGAGAAGCAGCCAUCAGAUAUCUCCCCAGGAAUUCCUGGGAGAGCUGAAGUCCGGGGUGAUGGACGCACGUCUGUUUGCCUGUCUAGACUCAUUGCGAGUGUCCCUUACCAGCAACCCUGUCAGUUGGGUGCAGAGCUUUGGUCAUGAGGGUCUUGGACUGUUGCUGGACAUUUUGGAAAGGUUGCUGUUCAAGAAACAGCAAGAGAAAAUUGACAAAAAGAACCAACAUAAAGUUGUCCAGUGUCUCAAAGCCUUCAUGAACAAUAAGUAUGGCUUGGAUCGAAUCCUGGGGGAGGAGAAAAGUCUUGCGUUACUGGCAAGAGCCAUUGAUCCCACUCAGUCUGCCAUGAUGACUGACGUGGUAAAGCUGCUGUCAGCCAUCUGCAUUGUGGGCGAAGAGAACACUUUGGAAAAGGUCCUUGAAGCCAUCACCACAGCAGGGGAAUGGCGAGCCAUCGAAAGGUUCAAUCCCAUUGUGCAGGGACUACGAGAUCGCUCGGUUCAAUUACAAGUGGCAUGCAUGCAGCUCAUCAAUGCACUAGUAACAUCCCCUGAUGAGCUGGACUUCAGGCUGCACAUCAGAAAUGAAUUUAUGCGCUGUGGCCUGAAAGAAAUAUUGCCGCAACUGACAGCCAUCAGGAAUGAGGCCCUUGACAUUCAGCUAAAGGUAUUUGAGGAGCACAAAGAAGAGGACAUGAUAGAGUUCUCUCAUAGGCUGGAAGACAUCAAGAGCGAACUGGAUGAUGCGGGGGAUGUGUUCAGUAUUGUGCAAAGCAUGGUGAAGGACAGCAGUGCAGAGUCCUAUUUCCUGUCUAUACUGCAGCACCUGAUGCUUAUACGCAAUGACUACUUGGUCAGGCCCCAGUACUUUAAGAUCAUUGAGGAGUGUGUGUCUCAAAUUGUGCUCCACCGUAGUGGCACAGACCCAGACUUCAGUUACCGCAAGCGCUUAGAUGUGGACUUCACCCACCUCUUAGAGGUGUGUGUAGAUAAAGCUCGAAUUGAUGAGUAUGAACAAAGUACUUCAGAACUGGCACAGAAGUUUGACGAGGAGUUUCUAAGCAGACAGGAGGCACAAGCUCAGCUGGUUAAGUGUGAAGAAAAAAUAGCUGAACUCCAAGCAGAGGUGCAGGCCUUCAGGUCCCAGUUUGGAGCUGUACCUGUGGGUCUGUCCUCAGCCCAUGUUGGACAGACGUCAUCUUCCUCAGCAUUCUCGUCCGGACCUCAACCCCAUGUUCCAGCACCUGGGGUGCCAGCUCCCCCUCCUCCACCUCCUCCGCCUCCUUUACCUGGCUGUCCUGCCCCACCUCCCCCACCUGGAGUGCCUCCUCCAUUUGGAGCCCCCCCUCCACCCCCUCUAGGGUUUGGGGGUGCUCUAGGCUCCCCCACCCACCAUGCGCUGCCUUACGGCCUCAGGCCUAAGAAAGAAUUCAAGCCUGAGACCUCCAUGAAGCGCCUCAACUGGUCCAAGGUAAGACCCCCAGAAAUGUCAGAGGGCUGUUUCUGGGUGCUGGCUGAUGAGAACCAAUACGUAAAACCUGAAUUGCUCAGCAGAGUUGCUCUCACUUUUUGUUCUCAAAGAACAGCCAAAAAAGAAGAGGAGGAUCUGGAGGAUAAGAAAUCUAUAAAGAAGAGAAUUAAAGAGCUCAAGGUGCUCGAUCCUAAGAUCGCACAGAAUCUAUCCAUCUUCCUGGGUUCCUUCCGUAUGCCUUAUCAGGAAAUUCGUCGAAUGAUAGUGGAGGUGGAUGAGGAGCAACUCACUGAACCUAUGAUCCAGAACCUUGUGAAGCACCUACCAGAGCAGGAGCAGCUGAACGCCUUGGCAAAGUAUAAAAAUGAGUACGCAAAUUUGUCAGAGCCUGAGCAAUUUGGGGUUGUGAUGAGCAGUGUGAAGCGGCUGCGUCCUCGCCUCAGCCACAUCCUCUUCCGACUGCAGUUUGAGGAACAGGUAAACAACCUGCGUCCCGAUAUCUUGGCUGUAAACGCUGCCUGUGAUGAGGUCAGGAAGAGCUGCUCCUUUGGCCGCUUGCUGGAGCUGGUGCUGCUGCUGGGGAAUUACAUGAAUGCAGGUUCUCGAAACGCCCAGUCAUAUGGCUUCGACCUCAGUUCCCUCUGCAAGCUAAAGGACACUAAGUCAGCAGACCAAAAGACCACAUUACUCCACUUCCUGGCGCAAGUAUGUGAGGAGGAAUUUCCAGAUGUGAUCAAGUUUGUUGAAGACCUGGAGCAUGUGGACCGAGCUAGCAGAGUGUCUGCAGAGAAUCUGGAAAAGAGCCUCAGGCAGAUGGAGAGGCAGCUGCUGCAGCUGGAGAGAGACCUGGAGACUUUCUCCUCCUCCGAUGACCCCAACGACAUGUUCUUCACUAAAAUGGCUAGCUUCAGCAAGGUUGCACGGGAGCAGUAUGGCAAGCUGGUGAUAAUGCACAGCAAUAUGGAGACGCUAUAUCAGAACGUGCUGGAGUACUUUGCCAUCGAUCCCAAGAAGACCUCUGUGGAGGAGCUGUUCACUGAUCUCAGCAACUUCCGUUCCAUGUUCACUCAAGCACUGAAGGAGAACCUGAGGCGGAAAGAGUCAGAGGAGAAACAGAGGAGAGCACGGGCAGCAAAGGAGAAGGCUGAGCGUGAAAAACAGGAGAGACAGCAGAAGAAGAGGAGGUUGCUAGAAGUCAAUGCAGAGAAUGAUGAGACAGGUGUGAUGGAUAGUUUGCUGGAAGCCCUACAGUCAGGAGCUGCAUUCAGAGACCGCAGGAAAAGAAUGCCAAGACCCAGAGAUAACCAGCAGCAGAUGAUCAGCCCCAGCUCCUUCCGGCAGGUUCUCAGGCCUGUUAACCAUGAAAACAACAAGGCACCUUUACAAAGGUCUCGCUCUCGGCAGAAUAUAAAUUCAGGUUCAGCGGCGGUGAAAGCUCCCCCUGCCAAAGAGGCUCAUAACGAGUCUGAAGGCCAUCCAUCUGCAGCUCGGGCCAGGGCUUCGUGUUCGGAGUCCAGCCGCAGCUACAGGCUGGACAGAGAGAGGGCGGUGGAGAGAGAGACGGUUAAGAAUGAGAAGGAGAUGGAGGUUGAAGCAGAGCCUCCGGCCUUCCAGCCGUCCUCCACUGGUGCAGCGGUCAACAGCUGUAGCACCAAUGGAGAAUCAGAUGUAGAGGCUCUCCUGGCCAAACUCAGGGCCUUGUGAAGAUCAUUUUCACAUUAUCUCUGAAAUGACAUACAUAUACAGCCUACAGUAUGUUUGUACUCCCACAUCUUAACGUAUUCUGAUUGUAACCUAAAAGAUUUUCAACUUUGUAAACAAGCAUAAAAUGUAGUUAUUAAGACAAAGUUGUAAAAGAUUUGUCAGGCGUAAAUAGCAGGGCAAUUAAAUUACAAGUAUUAACAUUAAUAAGCUUCGUAGAAAAUAAAUUUGUACAAAACUAAUUUGAAGACCAUGCUUUGAACGCUUGAUGGUACAGAUAUAAAAAUCCUUUUGUAAAAGAAAAUUCAGGCAGGUAGAGCACAGAUAGCUGGUCACACUCUGGCCCACAGAAUGUCCUCAGAGGUUACUUGAAAUAGAGACUGAUUUACAAAAGUUGUGAUUGAAAACACUUAAACAUAUUAGUGUCAAGAGAACAUACAGCCAAAUAGAUUCAGCGGAGUCCCUGCCUGAUCCUAAAAAAAGUUAAGUGCACUGCCAAAAAUGUUUGGCUAUCAUUCAUAUAUUCCAAACAAUGAGAAUAUAACAUAGCUUUUUCUCUAAAGUAAAAGAUGGAACGUUGCUGAGCACUUUCUUUGUAAUCAAGAAGUAUGCAAUGUUAAAUAAUAAUUAUCACAUUUACUUUCAGAAUUGUCUCUACUGUAGCUUUUAUUUUACCAUUAUCAUAUUAUCUUGUCCGACCUGUAUUUUAGUUUUUAAUUACACAUUAGUUAUUUUCAUAUGCAUGUUAUUAGUCAUAUACAUUUAAAAAGAUUUUGAGCUUGAAUCUGCAUUUAUUACUUUUGGUAUUUAAUUAUUUUCUUUUUUCUUCUUUGGAUCUUUUUCAUUCCUUGUGGGGUGACAGGAGUCUUUUCUAUUCAAAGCAUUGAUCUUAUUGUUUUUGUUUUCUAUAAAAAUGUAAUCUGCAUUCUGUAAAACUCUAAAUGUAUAUACACAAAGGAUCGAUACAUACAAGUUAUGCCAUAUGAUUGUACUUUCACAGGUUAUAACAGUAAUUAUAUGUCAUUUGACAAGUUGAUUUUGGUUGUACUAGACUAUUUUGUCUGUCAUUGCUAGUGAGAACAUUUAUACACAGUGGCAACGAGUCUAAAAAAAGGGAACAGUGUCUAAGAGUGUUACUGUCCAAAAUGUGACACAAAAGAAACAAGUUAAUCCAGCUACAAGUUAACCAGAAUCGAUGAUGUUUUCUUUCUCCUACAUUCCCACUGAAAUGACUCAUAUCCUAAGCAUAUUUGUUGCAUCAUUAUUGUUUAUAGACCAAUUUACAAUAAAAUAAAGCAAAAAAAGUGUUGUCUUUUUCAUAAAUCAUAAAAGUUUCAAACAUAUGACUGAAA